UGUGUAUUUCUUGUAUUUGUUGGACUGACAGCUGGAAGGAAGGACACUUGUUGAUAAGACUAGAAAGUCCUGUUUCGUAAACCUCUAUGAGUUUAGUGAGCCAGGAGCUAACGUUGAAGUGAAAUAACGAUGGCACGUCAACCAAGACUAAAAAUUAUUUAUAGUGCCAUUCUUAAUAGAGAUAUUACUCUAGUUUCUCAUCAAGAUGAUGACAGUGUUGAUUUAAAUGCAACUCUCAAGGAAGUUAAGGAGUCCAUUAAAAACCUAGAACAAUCGUCUUUUGAACAAAAAUUAACGUUUCCUAUGGACAGUUUGCAAGUUCAUGUCGUGGCAGAUAAAGGCAUCAUAUACUUGUGCAUAACAACACGCACAGAAAGUCAAUACUUGCCCUUUGCUUUCCUUCUCCGUGUGAGGGAUACAUUUUCGGAACAACCUAGCCUCAUUAGCCGAUCAUAUCGUGCUGGUGAAGAUGAGUUUGACAGAGAUUUCAGACCGGUUUUAGUGCAAAUACUGGAUGACUUCAAUUCUGGACGUGCAGAUAAGUUAUCUCAAGUUGAGGAGCAAAUUGAGGACGUCAAACAAAUCAUGAUUCACAAUGUCGAGAGAGUAAUGAAUCGUGGAGAGCGCCUUGACGAUUUGCUGUCUAAAACUGAAGAGCUAGAGUCCCAGGGUCAAGAUUUUCGACGUGAAGCUCGUGCUGUGUUUGUUCAAUCACGAUGUCGUAAUCUGAAAAUGUGGAUAGUUAUUGUAAUAUUAUUUCUCAUCUUCGUAACUGUUGUCGUUUUAUUUGCUACUGGUGUUAUCAAAUCUUAAUCAACAAAAUAUUAUAGCAGUGGCCUAUUAAGUUUGAUUGCCAGGUAAAUUUUUCUUAAAUUGAAGACUGAGUACUCAACUAAUUGUGAGCUGGAUCUUGCAUGGUAAAGAAGUAUUCACUUGAUUCAAAUAGUACAGUGCUGGGAAUAUUUAUGUUAUUGAACUUACGUGCAAAAUUGUUUUGAAUUUGGUUUGUUUCUGAGUAGUUUCUGAUUUGCCCGGUUUGUCUCGUAAACUGUAAAAGCUACUAGAUCCCUGUAUUUGUACUCUUGAGACUGCCCUCAUAAGACUGCAAAUAUCAUCUUGUAAAAAGAAUUCACAGUUCAUGUUGAUGUGUCUGAGGAUAAGCAAGUAAUACUGCUAUAUAAUGAACUAUAUUUUAAAUUGUUAAAACUCAGAAAACUUCUAAAGUAGCAAUAACUUCAUUUUUUGUUGAAGAAGUUUAGUGUCAUUGAAUAGUCCACUCCUCAGGUCCUUGAGCUUAAAAAUUCUACCUGAUGACUACAAAUCUAAUCAAAAUAAUUACUAUGUCAUACAUAUUUAAAAAAAAAAGUAUUUUUUAUAAUGUUUUCCAAUUUUAAUAUAAGUAGAAUCUAUUCUCUUUGUUGUUGUUUUAUAAAUGACGUAAUAAAUUAUUGAAGUUCGCCGCAAAA